AUGACAAAAUUGAUAGUAUAUCUCGCCUUCUGCAUUUGUUGUCAACGAGCUGCUAAUCAACAAGCACAAGGAGCAGCCAUGGCAUCAAUUUCGGUUGCGAAGGUUCUCACAGAUUGUAUAGUUGAGAAAUUUUGGAAUAAUGGUCAAUUAAUAGCGACAAUGCAAGUGGAACAAUCAACAAUAACGAAUUGUGGUACAAUGGAGGAUGGAAGACCAUCACCAAUAUCAUUCCAAGAAAAAAGUCCAUUACAAUUUAUGAUAAACACUCUUAAUCUGAUAAAAUGA